AUGGAUAACAUUCUUAAGGUACUUAAGAAACAAAGGCAGCUAUCGCUGUGUGAUCAUGUGAAGCGCAUCGGCCCAGGCAAUUUCACCAAUUUGGACCCAACCCAUUUGGAAGAUUUUCUAAAACAAUUGAGCGAAAUACGUAAUGCAAAAAGUGAAGAAGGGGAAGGGGAGGAGUAUGUGUUGGAAGCGCCUCCACUCAUCAACAUCAGUAGCAUCCACGAGUGUAAUGAGGAGCCACCCAACGGGAGCAUAUUUAUCGACACGUAUAAAAAAGCAGACUUAAGGAACGAAUUGAAACAUAUAGGUCUGGAAAUUAUUAAACAGAGUGAAGUCGCCGUUUUGAUCUUAGCUGGUGGUAUGGGAUCCCGUCUUGGCUUCAGGAAGCCGAAGGGGUUACUAGAAAUUACGCCAGUUCUGAAGAAGACAUUCUUCCAAUUCUACUUUGAGCAAGUAAAAUUUUUGGUAGAGUACACUGUAGCAGUUGACACGGUUCAGGGGGAGCAUGAUCAUGCCAGUGGGAAAAGUAUCAUGGACUGCUCCAUCCGAUCAAGUGCAAGAGGGGAACCCCCCUCCCCGAAGAGUAACUCCUCCAACGGAACGACCAUCUACGUCUACGUAAUGACGUCCGAGUACACACACAACGAAACGGUUCACUUUUUGGAAGAGAAAAAUUUUUUCGGAUUAAAAAAGGAAAAUAUAAAAUUUUUUAAGCAGAGCAAUAAUUAUGCCACCGAUUUUAACUACAAUAUCGUCCUGUCUAAUGAGAAUACGUUGCUGACAUCUCCCGGGGGAAAUGGAGACCUCUUCAGUGCCCUCCACAAAAACCAAAUAAUUGAAGAUAUGAUGAGAAAAAAAAUAAAAUACGUUCAAGUUGUAAGUAUUGAUAACGUGUUAAAUAAAAUAUGUGACCCUGUGUUAAUUGGUUUUUGUUCCUUUUUCCAUUGCGAUGUUGCUAAUAAGGCGGUUAAAAUGGAGGAUGUAGGAUCAAUGGGCAUUUUUUGCCUAAAGCGGGCAACAAAAAAGGAGCCAUCCGACAACACCAUCAAGAACGAAUUCUCCGUGUGUGAAUACACAGAAUUGAACGAAUACAUUUUGAACAACCCGGAGCUCUUUACAUAUGGCAACAUUUGUCACCACAUUUUUUCUCUAUCUUUCUUACACCAGAUUGUAAAGGGUAAACUUUACAACCAUAUGAAGAUGCAUCAAAUAGUGAAGAAGAAGGAGUACUACAAUUUUGGGGAGGGUAAAAAUGGGGACAGUCCUUUGGUCACUUCUUCCCCCCUUUACUGCUACGAAUAUUUCAUUUUUGACGUUUUUAAAUAUGCCAAAAGGAUUUUAUCUUUAGAAGUUUCCAGAGAUGAUGAAUUUUGUCCAAUAAAAAGUAACGACAAUGGAAUGGCUAUCCUAAAUGCACAAAAAAAAUUAAGUAAGAUGCAUACAGCGUGGCUUGAAAAUAUGAACUUCACCAUAGUUCCUAACCCUGUGGAGAAUCUCAACUGGUGUGAAAUUUCUCCUCUUGUGUCUUACGAUGGAACUUUUUUUUUUCACUUGCCUGCACAGAAAAAUGUGCACCUGCCGUUUGCGCUCGAUUUGCCUUCACCCUCCUAA